UCCGCAUUUUAAACCCUCGUUUGUUUUGCAAGGCUUCCUUAAGAAUCUGGGCGCACUAAAAACUGAAAGAGAGGGAGACCGAGAUUCGAAAUAAAUCCAGUGACCGACCAUUACAGCUGCAAGUUUAGGCCGGAUUAAACCGGCCGGCUCGAAAUUUCUCUUUGGGUUACACCUCUACCGACCAUCAAGCGGCCACGGGAGGAGUUUCUUCUUCUUUAUCUUCUUAUUCUCGCAGCGACAUUAAACAUGUCAGAAUCGGUGGUAUAGCUUCUUUCACAACACCAAUCUCACCAAGCCCAGCCCCUGCUUUGGCUUUCCAAGCCUCCUAAGGAGAUGAUGAACGCCCCAAUAAUCGACCCUUUGCAAGGGGAUUUUCCGGAAGUGAUAGAGGAGUAUUUGGAACAUGGGGUCAUGAAGUGCAUUGCCUUUAAUCGUCGAGGUACCCUUCUCGCCGCUGGAUGCUCUGAUGGAAGUUGCGUCAUAUGGGAUUUUGAGACGAGGGGUAUUGCCAAGGAGUUGAAGGAUAAAGAAUGCAGUGCUGCCAUAACUAGUGUAUGCUGGUCAAAGUACGGUCAUCGUAUUCUUGUGUCUGCUGCUGAUAAGUCAUUAACACUGUGGGAUGUUGUUAGCGGUGAGAAGAUAACUCGUACAACCUUGCAGCAGACCUCUCUACAAGCUCGCCUUCAUCCUGGUUCUUCAACUCCAUCUCUCUGCUUGGCUUGUCCCCUUUCAUCUGCUCCUAUGAUUGUUGACUUAGAUACAGGAAACACAACUGUGCUUCCAGUUUCCAUCCCUGAUGCAGGUGCCGGAGCUGCACCUCCACCAAAAAAUAAAUUCUCAGAUGUGACUCCGUCAUUCACUCCCACUGCUGCUUGUUUUAAUAAGUCUGGAGACGUGGUUUAUGUGGGGAACUCUAAAGGUGAAGUACUUCUAGUAGAUUACAAAAGUGCCCAAGUGCGUGCUAUGGUUCCCACUUCUGGGGGCGCUGUGAUUAAGAACAUAGUAUUCUGCAGGAACGGGCAGUAUCUGCUAACAAAUUCAAAUGAUAGAACAAUAAGAAUAUAUGAAAACCUUCUGCUCUCAAAAGAUGGACUUAAAGCCCUUGAUGAACUGAGUGAGGCCACUGAGGGGCAAGAUGAUGUUGAGAAGUUGAAGGCUGUUGGAUUGAAGUGCUUAACACUUUUCCGGGAGUUUCAAGAUUCAAUUACAAAGAUGCAUUGGAAAGCGCCUUGUUUUAGUGGAGAUGGUGAAUGGGUAAUUGGUGGCUCUGCAAGCAAAGGAGAGCACAAGAUUUACAUAUGGGAUAGGGGUGGGCAUCUUGUUAAAAUUCUUGAAGGGCCAAAGGAAGCCUUGAUUGAUUUAGCUUGGCAUCCAGUUCACCCUAUUAUUGUCUCUGUUUCCUUGACUGGAUUGGUUUAUAUAUGGGCUAAAGAUUAUACCGAAAACUGGAGUGCAUUUGCUCCUGAUUUCAAAGAGCUCGAGGAAAAUGAGGAGUAUGUAGAACGAGAAGAUGAAUUUGAUCUGAUUCCUGAAACUGAAAAGGCGAAAGAAAUUAACGCCAAUGAAGAUGAUGAAGUUGAUAUUGUCACAGUGGAAAAGGAUUCAGCUUUUAGUGACUCAGAUAUGUCACAGGAUGAAUUAUGCUUUUUGCCCGCAAUUCCUUCUCCUGAUAUGGCUGAGCAGCAAGAGAAAUGCAUUGAGAGUUCGUCCAAGUUAGUGGACAGUAAUAAUUCUGGAUCCCCUCUUUCAGAAGAAGGUGAACCAAAUGGAGGAGCAAUGAAUCAUGCAUCAAGUCCGCUUGAAGAGGAUGCUGGAGUUGCACGCUUGAAAAGAAAACGAAGACCUUCAGAGAAGGGGAUGGAGUUGCAGGCAGAGAAGGUUAGGAAACCUCUGAAAUCUUCCGCUAGAUCAUCAAAGCUUAAAAAUAAAUCUUUGGUUGAUGAGGAUACUAGUAAUGGAUUUAAUGGAGACGAUGUCUCUGAUGAGUAUCAUUAGGUUCUAAUUUCUUACAUCCUUUUCUUUUGUAUGAUGAAAUAUUUAUCUCUUACUGGAUGGUUUAAAGGACUGGUCUCUUACAUUUAAUUUAAUUUUUCAUGGUCGGCUUUGUGAAUGUUGUACUACCCUUAGAUUCAUGCCUGAUCAAAUUAACAAAAUUCUAUAUUGUAGAGUACAGAUAUUGUGGUUGUCUUUUACUGUAAGUGUUGGAAUUUGACA